AUGGAUGACGACAACCUGGAUGAGCUUGUGGCCCAGAGUCCAGGGCCGGAUGGACACUCGCACAUUGGCCCCGUGGACCUUGCCAGCGACUUUGAAAGCAGCAACGGCAACAGCGGGGACUCUGGGGACGACACAGACAGCGAGCGUGGAGAUGGCACAGACAGAGAAGACGAGGGGGCAUCUGAGGAGGACCUGGAAGACAGAUCCGGUUCUGAGGAUUCCGAAGACGAUGUGGAAACACUAGUGGUGGUGGCAGAUGCUCAGGGGAAGCUGGACGCCACCAGCUCACUUAACUCUGAUGACGAUGCUGAGAGCUGCCCCAUCUGUCUCAAUGCGUUCAGAGACCAGGCUGUAGGAACGCCGGAGAACUGCGCCCACUACUUCUGCCUGGACUGCAUCAUCGAGUGGUCCAAGAAUGCCAAUUCCUGUCCUGUCGACCGAACUAUAUUUAAGUGUAUUUGUAUUCGAGCUCAGUUUGGUGGCAAAAUCUUAAAGAAGAUUCCCCUGGAGAACACCAAAGCCUGCCAGGAGGAGGAGGAGGACCCCACCUUCUGCGAGGUGUGCGGCCGGAGCGACAGGGAGGACAGGCUCUUGCUGUGCGACGGCUGUGAUGCGGGGUACCACAUGGAGUGUUUGGACCCCCCGCUCCAGGAGGUACCAGUGGAUGAGUGGUUCUGUCAGGAGUGUGCUGCCCCUGGCGUUGUCCCCGCCACUGACACGGGUGACGUGAGUGAGGAGGAGGUCUCCCUGCUCUCGGCUGAUGUGGUGCCCACCACCAGCAGGCUUCGGCCGCGCACAGGUCGGACCCGGGCGAUUGCCAGGACCCGGCAGAGUGAGAGAGUGAGGGCAACCGUGAACCGGAACCGCAUCUCCACGGCCAGGAGGGUUCAGCAUGUGCCGAGGCACCUCAUGUCUUCCCUGCUGGAUGAGACCAUUGAAGCUGUUGCGACUGGUCUGAGCACCGCUGUGUAUCAUCGCCCUCUGACGCCACGCGCCCCUGCCAAACGCAGAAGGAAAGCAGGAAGGCGGAGGAAAGGUCUGGGAAGAAAGAAAGCGCAGUCCAGAGCAUCUGCCAAGAGCAGGAUCGCAGCAAGGCCCAAGAAGCGCCAGCGCCGCACGAGGACGAGGACAGGCGGGAAGGUGAAGAGUGAAUUCACUGCUCGUUCUCGAAUUGCUCGGACCCUGGGCCUCUGCAGGCCGGUCCAUGGAACUUGCAUCCCGUCAAUAUACAAGCCAGCAGACCCCUCGCUGGGGCUGCUGCGAGCGGACAUCGGAGCUGCCUCUCUGUCUCUGUUUGGAGACCCCUACGAGCUGGACCCCUUCGACAGCAGUGAAGAAUUUUCUGCAGACCCACCUUCCCCCCUGAGUGCCAAGAGGCGGGCUCUGUCCCGGUCAGCCCUGCAGUCUCACCAGCCGGUGGCCAGGCCUGUUUCCUUGGAGCUCUCCAGCAGGCGUGUCCCCGCUGUGGCACCAGAGCCGCAUGUGGAAGAGGCCCCCGUCCCCGACCUGCUGGGCAGCAUCCUGUCGGGCCAGAGCCUCCUGAUGCUGAGUGGCACGGACGUCGUCAUCCACCGCGACGGCUCCCUCAGCGCCAAGCGGGCAGCUCCAGUUUCUUUUCAGCAAAACCCAGUCGGCCUGUCCAAGGACUCUCUGCAGCCUGGAGGCCCGCCUGCCGGGAGCCCUGCUAGUGGCCCUUCGGGAUGCCGGCCACCAAACUUGAGGUUAAGCUGCCAGGGCAGGCUGGCCCCAUCCUGCAUCCCCCCCCACACACCUGGGGCACCGGUGAGGCUGCUCUCAACAUCAGCCCCUGGGUCUGGUCAGGCUCAGAGAGUGUCGGACAGGAGCGGGCCUGGCUUCAGGCAGAGUGGCAGCGCCUGGUUCCAUGGACCCAGCAAGCACACUUUACCCCUGGGUUCUGCCUUGUCCAAGAGCGUGAGCAGUGGUUCCAUCUCUCCGUCUAAAAGUGCAGUCUUAGGACAUGCCCUGAAGCCAGCCCCCAAGAGAGCUGACAUCUCCGAGCUACCCAGGAUACCAAAGAUCAGAAGGAAUGACAGCAGCAGUGGGCAGGACACGGCCCCGGUGCACGGGCGGAGCAUCGAGAUCCCCAGCGCCUGCAUCAGCCGACUGACAGGCAGGGAGGGUGCCGGGCAGCCAGGGAGAGGCGUGCGGGCAGAGAGUGAGCCUGGUAGCAGGGCCCCCCGGGAACCCGGCACACACACUAGUGGCUCCCGGCCCCCAGCCCCCAGCUCCCACGGCAGCCUGGCCCCGCUGGGACCCUCGAGAGGGAAGGCUGUGGGGUCGACCUUCGAGAGCUUCCGGAUCAAUAUUCCCGGCAACACAGCACAUUCCAGCAGACUCUCCAGCCCUGGCUUCUGUAACACGUUCCGGCCUGUGGACCACAAGGUGCAGAGGAAAGAGAACCCUUCGCCCCUCUUCUCCAUCAAGAAGACAAAGCAGCUCAAAAGUGAGAUCUACGACCCGUUUGACCCCACUGGCUCUGACUCCAGUCCCCCCAGCAGCAGCCCCGAAAGCCUGGGCUCUGGCCUCCUGCCGUCCGAGAUCACGCGCACCAUCUCCAUCAACAGCCCAAAGGCCCCGCCAUUUCAGGCCGUGCGUUGCGUCACCUCCUACACGGUGGAGAGUGUCUCUGGGACGGAGCCUGAGCCCCCUCACGGCCCUUCCUGCAGUGCGCUCAAGCUCCGGGCUGAGGCGACUACCGGUGGUGCCUCUGACACAGAGCGAGAGGUGCUGGGCGAGGAGGAGCCCACAGAGAGCCAGGCCACUGGCACCCGGGGACACAGGCCAUCCCCACCAGAGCCCUGGGACGAUGAGGAUGGCACAGCAUGCGGCACCUUCUUUGGCUCUGAGGAGCGGACGGUGACCUGCGUGACUGUCUUAGAGCCAGAGGCCCCGCCCAGCCCGGACAUGCCACAGGCCACCGCCCACAGGGUCGUGGAGCUGCAGUCUUCCCGGUCCCGCUCCACCUCCAGCUCCCGCAGCAGGAAGAAGGUGGAGCGGAAGCGGGAGGCCAGGGCACAACGGCGGGCACGCUCCAGGACGCGCUCUGGCUCUCGGGACAGGAGCUCGCGGUCAGCGUCACCGUCCUCGGUGGGCGAGCACCCCUCCAAGAGGCAGCGGGGCAAGACCAAGCGCCGGCGCUCUUCCAGCGACCGCUCCAGCAGCCGCGAGAGGGCCAGGAGGAGGAAGGCCAAGGACAGGCGCAGGGCGCGCGGGCGAGAGUCCCGGGGCCGCGGGUGGAGGACAUCCCGCUCCCGCUCGGGAAGCCCCGGCAGCUCCUCCUACGAGCACUGUGAGAGCAGAAAGCAGCAGCAGCGUCGGUCAGGGUCCAGACCUCAGGGCAGGGAAUGCUCCCCCCCCAGCAGCCUCGAGAGGGCCCGGAGGCACAAGCACCCACGGGAGAGGAGCCACGAGCGGUUGGAGAAGAAGGAGAGCACCGCCCGGUCCCGGGAGAGGAGGCGGCGGAGGUCCUGGUCAGCAAGCCCAGAGCACAGGGUGCGGGAGUCCCGGCAGCCACGUUCCCGAGAGCAGCGGCCCCGGACCCGCUCCCCAGAGAGGAAGGAGGCGGCGAGGGACGCCUCCCCGGCACCCGCUCCGCAGGGGCAGCCUAGGCAGGACGAAACCCUGGCCAGACCCACGGCCUUGGGCGUGGUUGUCUCCCGGGUGGGGGCUGUGGCCCACGAGCAGCCCCCAGCAGUGCCUUCCACCCAGGAGGGGCCAGCCGGGUGUGCACCUGACGACCUGGAUUACGGCGACGCGGUGGAGGCAGGGCACGUCUUUGAGGACUUUUUGAGUGACACUGUCUUCAUCCAGCUGGAUGAUAUGAGCUCACCACCGUCUCCUGAAAGUACAGACUCCUCCCCAGAGCGAGGCUUCCCGCCCAACCCCACGCUGCCCCCAACUAGCCUGGCCGCUCUCCAGAGGGAGGUGUCGCUGAUCCAUGGGGAGGAUGCUUCGCAGCCCCCACCCCAGGCUGAGGGCCCCCAGGAGCUGUGCCCUCUUGGACAGGAUGUGGUUGCGGCGCCCAGCACCCCAGGUGUGGCAUCUGCCGGGAAGGCUGACGGCCCCUCCGUGAGUGGGAGGGUCCAGGGGGCAGCCAGGCCUGAGGAGGUGGUCUCGCAGACGCCCCUGCUGCGGUCCCGUGCCCUGGUGAAGAGAGUCACCUGGAACCUGCAGGACCCGGGGGGCGAUGCCCUGGCUGAGGACAGAGCCCCACGGAUGCCGCCUCACGGGCCGCAGAAGCCCCGGGAAGGGGCCUGGGAUGUGGAGGAUGCAGCCCCUGCAAGACUCGGGCAGGUGCCACUCUCCGAGCUGCCCCCUCCCAGUCACCUGCGUCCAGAGCCUGGCUUCCCCGUCGCAGACCCCUCUCAGGUUUACAGCCCAAACAUGCCUCUGGUCCCCGCUCAGCCAGCAAGCGUCCCGCCCUGUGUGCCGGCUAGCCAGCCCCCAGUCCAGUCCGUCCUGCAGGGCAGUCUUCCCCUGGCGGGCUGCGGGGCAGCAGAGAGCCCGGCCCCCGUGCCUGCUGUCCUGACUCCAGCCUCAGAGCCAGCUGGCCAAGCCGCCGCAGCCAGCGACGCCGAGGAGAGGACCCCCACGUCGCGGCCGGCUGCCGAGAAGACCAAGAAGGAGGAGUACAUGAAGAAGCUGCACAUGCAGGAGCGGGCCGUGGAGGAGGUGAAACUGGCCAUCAAGCCCUUCUACCAGAAGAGGGAGGUGACCAAGGAGGAGUACAAGGACAUCCUGCGCAAAGCUGUGCAGAAGAUCUGCCACAGCAAGAGUGGCGAGAUCAACCCUGUGAAGGUGGCUAACUUGGUGAAGGCCUACGUGGACAAGUACAGGCACAUGCGCCGUCACAAGAAGGCCGAGGCUGGGGAGGAGCUGCCCACCCAGGGUGCCGAGGGCUGAGGCAGCACCGCGGGGUGGGGUGGCGGCAGGGCCCUGGGGAUGCCCACACCCUGCCCAGGGGCCUGUGGCGAUGCCUGGUGCGUGCGCCUCUUGCCCACAGCUGAAAACUGGACAUUGUCACAUGUAUAUUAUAGAUACACACUGUUUCCAUUGUGUUCUAAUUUAUCAAAAAAGGAUUAUCUUUA